UAUCAGAAAGAAAGUGACCGUUGUCUAGCGUCCGCAGUGGUUGUAGAUGUGAUCCAGUUUCACACCUCGCUUUAUUAUGGACACGGCUAUAAAUGAACCGGCUCGCAAUUAACCAUUAGUUCCGCCACAACGGUCAGGUGGCCAUUUCUUGAAUUCAGUAUUCGAAAGGAGUUGCCGUUGUUUCGCCGUUUCACGUUGAGUUUAGCGAUCAAAAACAACAAAAAAGUAUAUGAAACUAAACAUUUGACCACAAGAUGGAGGACGAAAAUGAAUACAAGAAGCUACCGACAGACGAGAAAUGUGUCCACAAGCUCUGGAAAGCCCGUGUUGCGGGCUACGAGGAGGCCAUCAAGCUCUUCAACCAGAUUGACGAUGAGAAGAGCCCGGAAUGGAACAAGUACUUGGGGCUCAUCAAGAAAUUUGUGACGGAUAGCAAUGCUGUCGCCCAAGAGAAAGGUAUGGAGGCAGCGUUGGUGUUUGUGGAAAAUUGCGGGCACGCCGGCAAGACGACUGGCGAGGUGAUGUCUGGCAUCGUGGCCAAGUGCAUCGCGGCGCCGAAGACGAAGACCAAGGACUUGGCUUUACAGAUCACCCUAAUGUACGUCGAAAUAGAGAAACACGAGAUCGUCCAAGAAGAGCUGAUGAAGGGAAUGGAACAGAAGAACCCCAAGGUCGUCGCGGCCUGCAUCACGACCAUGAACACGGCGCUCAAACAGUUCGGGAACAAAGUCAUCGCCAUCAAGCCGAUGGUGAAGAAGAUACCAGUACUGCUGACUGAUAGGGAUAAGGGAGUGAGGGAUGAAAUGAAAGCGCUGGUCGUUGAGAUGCACAGGUUUAGGCUCAUUUGGAGACGGUUCCUUAUGACGAUCACAAGGAUGAACACAGUGCUCAAACAGUUCGGGAACAAAGUCAUCACCAUCAAGCCGAUGGUGAAGAAGAUCCCAGUACUGCUGGCUGAUAGGGAUAAAGGAGUGAGGGAUGAAAUGAAAGCGCUGGUCGUUGAGAUGCACAGGUUUGUACUGCUUAUACUUUCUCUCGCAUUUUAG